GUACUUGCAGUAUUCAGCAGCUUCUGUUAUUGCAACAGUAUUGCUAUAAAAUCUUGUGCCAGCCCAUGUGCCAGCCCGUGCCCUUCAAGGGCACCAGAAGGAAUGUUUAUUCAUCCUGGAACCAGCUAUCUGUUCCUCGUACACUCCUGGCACUACACUAGAUGCACGGCUGGUAACUUUUGACACAUUUUAGCCGCUUGGUUCAGACUGUGGGAAUUGUGUCACUACACACCCAUCUGUGCAGGGAAUUAAAAAAACAUAUAAUUAUCAACAUGGAACCUCCUUGCGUUUCCCUGAUAGGAUCGAAUACUCUGAAGUUGAUGUAUGGAGGGUGUAGCAUGACUCCGGGAUACUAUUCCUUGAUUUUAGGUAUGGAUAGUCUCUAUGACAAGGGCAUACAUACUAUAGAGGAAAAACACGUGGCUGCUGCAGGGUCCCUGGUGGAUCCUAUUCCCGGUGAAAAUAGGUGGCGAGAAGCUGUGGAGGACUCUAUUACUGAACAUGGGAUGCGGGGUCCCUCUCAGGAUGAACAUCUGCCACUAUGAUAAAAGCAUGGACUUUUUCUACAAUCAGAGCAAUUCACAGACGGAAGACGACUGGACAGGAACCAAGUUGAUUUUGUCCUUCUGUUUCGGGGCCUGCUGCUGUUUGUUCAUAUUCAUCUCUAACAUGCUGGUCAUCGCGGCCGUGGUCAAGAACAAGAGAUUCCACUAUCCCUUCUAUUACCUUCUGGCCAAUUUAGCCGCUGCAGACUUUUUCUCUGGAAUUGCCUACGUCUAUCUGAUGUUUCAUACUGGGCCGGUGUCCAAGACACUUACUGUACACAAGUGGUUCCUGCGCCAGGGCCUCCUGGACACGAGCAUGUCAGCAUCACUGGCCAACCUUUUGGUUAUUGCUGUUGAGAGACAUAUAUCCAUCGUCCGAAUGAGAAUCCACAGCAACCUGACAAAACGGAGAGUGACUUGUCUCAUUUUGCUCAUCUGGGGGGUGGCCAUUUUUAUGGGCGCUGUCCCUACCUUGGGCUGGAAUUGCAUCUGUAACAUAACCACGUGUUCCACCCUUGCCCCCAUCUAUAGUCGGAGCUACCUCACCUUUUGGACGGUCUCUAACCUGGCUGUUUUUAUUAUCAUGGUGAUAGCUUAUCUCAGAAUCUACAUGUAUGUACAAUGGAAGACAAACGUGUUAUCUCCACACACCACCGGUUCUAUAAGCCGACGGCGGACUCCAAUAAAGUUGAUGAAGACUGUCAUGACUGUGUUAGGUGCCUUUGUUGUGUGCUGGACACCAGGGAUGGUUGUUCUUCUUCUCGACGGCCUCAACUGCACUUCUUGUGGCCUCCAGCAAGUCAAGCGGUGGUUCCUCCUCCUUGCCCUGAUGAAUUCUGUCAUGAAUCCCAUUAUCUACUCGUACAAGGAUGAGGAGAUGUGGAGGACUUUCAAGAGCAUGUUAUGCUGCUUCAUAUACAAGGGGAAACGACGGUCCUCCAGGUUUCCAUCAACCGUACACAGUACGAAAAGUACAGAUACCACCAGUUAUUACCUAGAAGAUCUUGCCAACCAACUACCGCCGGAGAAAGUACCCUAACGCCAUAACAAAACAUCCCAACGACCCGGCAUUACCCUCCUUGCUUUUAUCCCCAUAUUUAUGUCACAAUGAAAACAUUGUUAUAAAAAAUAUGGGGGGAGAUUUAUCAAAACCUGUCCAGAGGAAAAGUUGCUGAGUUGCCCAAAGCAACCAAUCAGAUCGCUUCUUUCA